AAAAUCAAUUUUUUGUCUUAUCACAACCUUAUAUUAGUACAUUAAUAUUCAAUAUUAUUCUCAAAUAUCUAUAUUGUGGAAUUAUCGAAUUAAACGAUUUAGAUAUUGAUACGAUUUUGAAACUCUUAGUUGCUGUUAAUGAGUUGUUAAUUGAAGAACUUAUUGAUUUUAUACAAGACUGUUUAAUUGGUAGUGAUUUUUUAGAAACGCAAUCAUGUAAAAUAUUGAAUUUUAUCAGUAAUAAGUCAAUGUUUACAAAACUUAAAAAAAGUAUAUUCGAAACUAUUUGUGAAAAACCAAAAGUUUUAUUUAAUCAUGAUGAAUUUCUUGAUUUGGAGAAAGAUCUUUUAAAAUUAGUUAUUCAACAUGAUGAUCUUGAUAUGAAAAAGAAUGAAAUUUGGAAAUAUUUAAUUAAAUGGAAUUUGAUUGAAUAUGAGAUUGCUUUAAUCUUAACAAAAUUAAUAGAUAAAACAAAAGAUGAAGAUUCGAAAGAAUUUAAAUAUAAAUUUACCUUGUUAUAUAAUAGUCAUUUAGAUGGAUGGACACCUAAAUUAUUUCAUACUAAAUGUGAUAAUCAAGGUCCAACUAUCGUAGUAACUAAAAUUAAAAAUACAACUCUUCUUAUAGGUGGAUAUAAUCCAUUUGAUUGGAAUGGAAAUUCACAAUAUAAGAAAACAACAGAUAGUUUUCUAUUCAUAAUUGAUUAUAAAAAAAUAAGUGAUUGUUAUGCAACAUAUAUUAAACUUGAUCAUAUUGAUCAAGCAAUAUAUUGUAAUAAUGAUUGUAAUCCAACUUUUGGUGAAUACGAUUUUCAUAUUACAAAAGAUAAAUCUUUAAAAUAUAUACCAAAAUAUUAUGAUAAUAUUGCAAAUAAUUGUACUUAUAGUUUGGAUAGAACCAUUGGAGCAGAAAAGACUACAUGUGCGAAAUUAUUUGAAGAUUAUUUGAAACAAAAAGGAUUUUCAGUUUAUCAAUUUAUUGAAGCUUCACUUGAAGUUUCUGAGGAACUUGAAUUGUUUUACAAAACUCAAAACUUUUUGUUUUUUCAAUAUGUGGUUAUUAAUCUCUAUAAAGAAAGAGCAUUACAUAUUAAAACUUUAAUAAAUUAUGAUUAUAUUAUUAAAGAUCAUACUAUCAGAGAUGUGAAUAUAUUUAACAAUUUUGUUAAAAAUGAGGAUGAACGAGAAUAUGUGAAUAAGAAAGUUAUUGAAACUGAUCAUCUUGAAUUUUAUAAGAUUGUUUAUGUAGAUCCACCUCUUAGAAUAACAACUAGACGUAAAAAGAAACGAGGUAGACUUGGUGAAACAUGUUCAAAUGAAUAUUUAAAACAAAUUUAUACUUUAUAUGAAACUAGUAUUGAUACUAUUUAUCCAGAACAUAUUAAGUUCGAUAAUAAGAUUGUUUUAUGUAAAGAUUGUAUUGAUUUCAAACCAUGUCAAAAGAAAUGCGAUCGUAAAUCUUAUGAUCUUUUUUUUAAUCAAUUAUUAUAA